UCGCUCAGUGGGAGGGCGAUAGUUAGUUCUAUUGGUAAUUUCAGGAAGGAAUCAUGUUAACCGAGUUCGCUGGCAAUCUUUCGCAUCCGCUGGAGUUUGGCCAUGUUCUGGAGGUGGUGGCCAAGACCAUCGAUGGAGCAGCCAGGUUCCACAUCAACCUCUGCACGGCCAAGAGCACGGUGGAUCCCAACGCUGAUAUUGGGCUACGCUUCUCGUGCUACUUUCGUAAUGAUGUGAUCGUACGGAAUGCCCGUGUAGGCGGCUCCUGGGGCGAGGAGGAAACCCAUGUCCUGGAUCCCAACACGCUGCCCAAUCCCAUCGUCAGCGGCGAGUUCUUCCUGGUGUACAUCCUGUGCUGCGAGGACAGCUUUGCCAUCUCGAUAAAUAGCCGGGAAUACUGCAGGUUCCGGUACCGCAUGCCCUUGUCAGCCAUCCGUUCACUGGAGAUCCGUGACCAGAUCCAGGUGAUCAAGCAGGUGGAUCAUCGCACUGUGUUCCCCAAUCCCUGGCCCGCCAUCCAUGCCUCGGACUAUUUCAAGGCCUUCAGCAACGACCAGCCAAUAUUGUUCAGUUCUGGCCAUGUGAUCGUUCUAACAGCUCGCUGUUUUGAGAACAAAAAGGGUCAGUUUAUCAUCAAGUUCAUGGAUUCGGACACCAAGCGCGAGGAGCUCCACUUUAGCGUGCGUUUCGAUGAGAAGGCGGUGGUGCGCAACUCCAUGAACAAGUCCUUUGAUUUUGGCAACGAGGAGCGCCAUGGCGGCUUUCCCUUCGUAUUUAACCAGCAGUUCAAACUGGCGCUUGCCUUUACGGAACGCGAAAUUCUGACCGCCGUCGAUGGUUACAACUUCUUCAGUUACGCUUGGCGCACACCAAAUGCCAUGGCGAAUCUAGUGGGCUUCAAGGUGACCAGCAUAAACGGCCUGGUGGUUCAGAUAACUGGUGUGGAUCAUUUGCAGACGGGAGAUCCUACCUGUGCCGGCUUUGAAAAGUAUUCGCGCCAUGAUUACGAGUGCGUUUAGUAACUAUUUAACCAAACUAAGUCUGAAAAUACAAGUGCUAUCUUAAUUA